AUGAAAAUCACUUAAUUCGUAAUUAAAUUUAAGAUUGCUUUACUAGGUAACAUUACUUCGACAUCAAGGUUUAAAGCACACUUCAGUUAAUUUAGAGAAAAUUAUCAAAUUUAAUUUUGAAGUUGAAAAUAAUAUAUGUUUAAAGGAAACAUUAAAUAUUAUUGAUAAUGAAUUAGUAUACGUACAAUAAAAAAUAAGAAAGUAAAAUUUAGAAAGCAAAAAUAGAUUAGAGUCUUCCAAAAUCCUUGCUAAUAAAUUAGAAAAUUAAAUUUCCUUUUGUUAUUAGCUGGAGAGAGCAUAGUACUAGCAAAGAAUAAUUGGCUAUUUCGAUGUUAAGGAAAAAACACAACUUAAAUAUGCUUUGUAUCAGACUGGUUUUCUGAAUUUUUUUGUAUAAGAUAAUUUAUAAUCAUUUUGA